GUUGGACGCGGGCGUUUCUUUCCUCCCUUUUUUUUCGAAUCGGUUUUGAGGGGUAGAAUCGAGUUACAAAAUGGCGGCCUGGAGCGCUUUGGGCGCUGUUCCCCCGGCGGUCUCUGGCUGAGCGGACGGCUCCGUCCCUCGCUGCCGAGCACAGAGAGCCGAGGCGCCCGGGGGACAUGCUGUUGGAGACUCUGGGCCUGCUGACCGCCGAGUCCUCGGAGAAUCUCGGCGCACCGGAAGCCACCAGGCGGGCCACCCGCCGCCGCUUCGGACCCGAGCGCCGCGGCCGCGACCUCGCACCUGCUCGCUGCGGCGCACCCGGGCUUCGCCGCGCCCACGACCCCGCGGGGGCCGCCCGGGAGGUUCAAAAACAUGGCCAAAAGAAUUGCCGAGAAGGAAUUGACAGACAGGAAUUGGGAUCAAGAAGAUGAAGCAGAAGAGGUGGGAACAUUCUCGGUCGCCAGUGAGGAAGUGUUGAAGAAUAGAGCUAUAAAGAAAGCAAAGCGUAGAAAUGUUGGAUUUGAAUCUGAUAGUGGAGGGGCCUUCAAAGGUUUUAAAGGUUUGUUUGUACCUUCUGGAGGAGGCGGGUUUUCUGGAUUUGGUAGUGGUGCUGGAGGGAAGCCUUUGGAAGGACUGUCCAAUGGAAACAGCGUAACUGGUGCCCCUCCCUUCUCCAGUGCAAGGGCAGCAGCCGAGACCAAGGCAGCCUUUGGAUCUAUUGCUGCAAAUGGCCCUACCUCCUUGGUUGAUAAAAAGAUUUCGAAUCCCAAAACUAACGGCGACAGCCAGCAGCCUUCCUCCUCUGGCCUUACCUCGAGUGCAGCCCCUGUCGGGAAUGCCUAUCACAAGCAGCUGGCUGCCUUAAACUGCUCUGUUCGGGAUUGGAUAGUGAAGCACGUGAACACAAACCCGCUCUGCGAUCUGACACCCAUCUUUAAAGACUAUGAAAAAUACUUAGCCAGUAUUGAGCAGCAACAUGGGAACAGUGGCAGCAGUAAUUCUGAAAGUGAAGCUAACAAAAUGUCAGUUGAAACACAGUCUCCUUCCCUCUUUGGUUCAACAAAAUUACAGCAAGAGUCACCAUUUCUGUUUCAUGGCAACAAAACAGAGGAUACAUCUGCAAAGAAGCUGGAGGCUGUGUCUGAAAAGAAAACGGACCCAUCACUAGGAGCAACAAGUGCCUCAUUUAAUUUCGGCAAGAAAGUUGAUAGUUCUAUUUUGGGCUCAUUAAACUCUGGCCCCUUGACUGGAUUUUCAUUUUCUUCUGGAAACUCCAGUUUAUUUGGCAAAGAUAGUACCCAGAAUAAACCAGUUCCUUCGCCAUUUUCCACUAAAACACUGGAGAGCCCGGCAGAAGGUGGUAGUAAUGAAUGCAAAGGUGGUGAUGAAGAAGAGAAUGAUGAGCCGCCCAAAGUAGUAGUUACUGAAGUAAAAGAAGAAGAUGCUUUUUACUCCAAAAAGUGUAAACUAUUUUACAAGAAAGACAAUGAAUUUAAAGAGAAGGGCGUAGGUACUCUGCAUUUAAAACCUACAGCGAAUCAGAAGACACAGCUUUUAGUGCGGGCAGACACCAAUUUAGGCAACAUAUUGCUGAAUGUUCUGGUCCCACCCAAUAUGCCAUGUGCCCGAACAGGGAAAAACAACGUACUUAUUGUCUGUGUUCCAAAUCCUCCCGUCGAUGAGAAGAACGCCACCAUCCCAGUUACCAUGUUAAUUCGGGUGAAAACGAGCGAGGAUGCAGAUGAGUUGCACAACAUUUUACUGGAGAAAAAGGACGUCUGAACACACUUCAGCUGAGGAACUGUCGCCAAGUUGCUGCUUCCCCCACUGCCCCUUAAACUUAGUCAGUUUUUCUUCUUUCUUUGACAUUCUAAGAACUUAUAGAUAACUUAAAACUUUUGUGAGGAAGAUUAAUAUGGCCAAUAAAACCUUUAAUGUUAAGUGUCAAGAAACUGUAUUCUCCCUUCUCAAGAACUGUCUAAUGUGUAAAAUACAUUUGAAAGAAAUUUUUUGGAAGAU